AUGGUAGCCCAAUUAUCCGAAGUUUUUUUAAAAGACCCACAAUCGUUUCUUCAAAAGAUUCAAGAUGCGUCUCUGUCAAAUCCAGGUAAACCGGAUCUUCAAGGCAGUUUAGGGAUUGAGGAGGCGGUUUCCGAUUUAUUUUUAAAUAAAGAUGAAUUAGAAAAAAUCCCAAAUUUUGCCAGUUGUAAUCCUAACGAGCUAAGAUCCGGGCAAUUGCUUAGAUUACAAGGAAUGAUUCAAGAUACAAACUUUGGACAUGAGUUUUUUGCAGGAGCAAUCAAAAUGAACGAUCAAUAUUGGCGAGGAUGUCGCUACAUUCUCAGUUGCAGUGAAGAUGAAUCCUAUGUGGAUGAGAACAAAAUGGUGCUUGACGAACGAUACUCUUUGUUUUUAACUAAUAUUCCUGGCGAGCUGAAAUCCAACAAAGUAGAUUCCUUGGAUUCAGAAGAAGAGAAUGAGCCGUAUAAAGAUCUGAUCAUGAAGUAUUCCAAUAGAACACUGGGAAAGGAAGAUUUUGGCUUUUGCGUAAAAUGCUAUGGUGGAAUGGAAACUCGACUUCGUGUUUGUCAAGCUGUCGACAUGCUUGGUAUGUACGAGGAGCCAAGCGAAUAUUCUGAUGGGCUUCCAAUUCUUCAUUUAAUUACAUUUGAAGAUUUCAGGCAACCUUCUUCCAUCACGUAUCCAUCUGAGGAAGAAGCUGAACAUCUACGGUCAAAGCUGCUUACUCAAUUCAACAAAAUAUUAGGAGAUAAUGUGGCAUCCGAGUCGUUGCUGCUUUGUUUACUCUCCAACGUCGUUCAUAGGGCAGACAGCUUUAUUGUUGGGUCUUUUAAUUUAAACUUGACGAAUUGCACACCAGAGCGUGCGUCAAGGAUAAUAAGCCUUUUAAAAUAUUUGACAAAAAGAACUGUUGUACAAAAAGUAGACAUCAAUGAACUAAACAGGGAGCCACUAUAUCCCCGAAGUGAUGGGGACACUCUAUCGAUCGGUCGUUUGCAAUUGACACCAGGAACGUUAUUGAUUUUAGAUGAGACAGAACUUUCGAGCGGCACCUUGAAUGAUACAGGCGUUCGUAACGUCGCAUUUUUAUCCUUUCUCCUUUCUCAACAAGAGAUUACGUUUGCCUAUCCCUUUAGUAGUUACAACAUACAGACGGAUGUAAGGAUUAUUGUCCUGAGUCAUGGAAAGUCGAUCUUGCCUGUAAAUGCUGUCUACACAAGCAAAUUCGACGAGGCGUUAAUGUCAAGCGAGACAUCACUAUCAUCAGACGAUUUGGAAGGAUUAUCGAAUUAUCUCAACCUGUGGACCCGCGCUACCGACAUACCAACGGAUAUGUUAGAGUUCAUUCAAUCCAAUUAUGUCCAUUCGAGGCGAAGUGGUCUUCAGACAAAUGAAAAAGUACUUUCUAUUGAAAUCAACUGCUCUCGUCUCUAUGCAAAAAGUUUAGCCAGCAAUUUGGUCUCGAGACAGCAUUUUGAACAAGCAUCCAGCUUAGUUGAACAAUGGACAAUUCCCUAA